CGGAAGUUAGCAAUAGCAUUAGCGUACAUCACUUUAAUUGGACCAGACUUGACGUUAAAAUCCUCUUGUCUCUUUGCUUUUUACUGUCUACUACAUCAGAAUGUUGAAAGAGUUGGUGAGGGAGCGACUCAUUGCGGCCGCCGACGAAAUCUUCGAACUGUUCGAACGAGCGAUAGCAUCGUACGAGGAGCAACUUUGUCGAGCGAGAGAGGAGAACGAGCGACACCGACGACAACUGGAAGCUGUGAGCAAGACUCAGACUGUCACCAAACUCCAAGACAUUCAGCCGCCAACUGUUCAUCAGGAAGAACCAUCCUCACAUCUGCAGUCAGGAAGCUCAAGUUUGUCCCCCCACAUUAAGGAGGAAAAUGUUUCAGAGCCCCGUUUUAUUAAACAGGAAAACAACCACUUAGAUAUCAGCGAGUUGCCGCUGACUGGUGUACCUAUGGAAAGUGAGGAUGAAGACGAACCGCAUCGCCGUAUUUCAAGUGGAGACCUCUUAGCCCCGUUGUCAGACACAGACGACGACGACAACACGGAAGAACAAACGACGCCACGUCAGCACACGUCCCACUCGAAACCCCGUGUCGGCGUGCGAGCCGGUUUGAGAAGUCCCGCAAGCGAUACGUCUUUUGAAUCCCAAUCCUUCCCUUCAACCCACUACAAUACGGACUCCGAAAACAAAAGAAAAUUCUCCGCCGUGUGGGACCAUUUUGAACUUAUAUCACCAGUGAAGGUUAAAUGUCGCAUUUGCUCGACUAAACUGUCCUACGUUAAUAAAAGCACAUCGUCAAUGUUGAGACAUUUCAGAGCGAGACAUACCCACGAGGAUUCCACGAAUACGCCUAAAAUAGCCAAAGUUUCCAGAAAACAUGCAUUGGACCAGGCAGUUCUAAAUUUCCUAAUCAAAGAGUCGCAACCUGUCAGCAUUGUUGAGAGCGACAGCUUCAGAGAACUCCUUCAAGCCAUCGAGCCGUCAUACGUUUUGCCCACCAAAAAGAUAGUCAACGAAAUGGGGUCCAAAAUCGGCUGCGGCGAAAAUGAGUGAAAAUCAGCCAGUACGGAGGCUUACGUGGAUCUGACGUUUCAUAACGUUGAUGAUCUACAAUCGUGUAUGUCAAUGGGGAGAGUUUUAAGCACCCACUUUAAAUAACCUUUGGCAGCUGCUUGAUGAAGAACUUGAUUGACAGCCAACACUAAAGUUGAUUUAAUGAGGUCCACAGAAAACUAUUACCAUAUUUUCCGCACCAUGAUGUGCAUCGCAAUAGAAGGCGCAUCUCCAAUGAAUGGCCUAUUUGAAAACUGUUUCCAUAUAUAUAUGUAUAGGGUGCAUUGCAUUAUAAGGUGCAGUAGUUGAGGUUGCAUUGUGCAUCCACUAGAUUAGCACUUCUCAAAUAGUGGGGCACGCGGAGCGAUGCCGGGGGUGGCGCAUGUGAACUAUGGGAACAUAGGUUUUAAAGUGUAAUUGAACAUCCACUCAGUGGGUGGCAGUGGCGCUCUUAUUUUUAACCACACAUCAAGGAGCAUUGGAGAUAUGAAGAGCUAAGACGAGGAAAUAUGACAAAGCGUACAGUGCUGGCCAAAAGUAUUGGCACUUCUGCAGUUUUUAUCAGAUAAUGCUCAAUAUCUCCCAGAAAAUGAUUGCAAUUACAAAUGCUUUGGUAGUAAUAUCUUCAUUUAUUUUGCUUGCAAUGAAAAAACAUGGACAUUGUUUUUUUUAGUCAUCAUUUUACACAAAACUCCAAAAAGGGCCGGACAAAAGUAUUGGCACCCUAGGCCUAACACUUGGUAGCACAACCUUUAGAUGAAAUAACUGCGAACAACUGCUUCCGGUAUCCAUCAAUGAGUUUUUUUACAGCACUCUGUUGGAAUUUCAGACCAUUCUUCUUUGGCCAACUGCUCCAGGUCUCUGAAAUUUGAACGGUGCCUUCUCCAAACUGCCAUUUUCAGAUCUCUCUACGGGUGUUCUAUGGGAUUCAGGUCUGGACUCAUUGCUGGCCACUUUCGAAGUCUCCACUUCUUCCUCUCAAACCAUUUUCUAGCGCUUUUUGAAGUGUCUUUUUGGGUCAUUGUCCUGCUGAAAGACCCAUUACGUUUGAAGGAAACCCAGUUUUCUCACACUAGGCCCCACGUUAUGCUGCAAAAGGGGUUGGUAGUCUUCAGACUUUAUAAUGCCAUGCACACAGUCAAGCAGUCCAGUGCCAGAGGUAGAAAGCAACCCCAAAACAUCAGGGAACCUCCACCAUGUUUGACUGUGGGGACAGUGUUCUUUUUUUUGAAGGCCUAAUUUUUUCUCCUGUAAACUCUAUGUUGAUGCCUUUUCCCAAAAAGCUCUUCUUUUGUCUCAUCUGACCAGAGAACAUUCUUCCAAAACGUUUUUGGCUUUCUCAGGUAAGUUUUGGCAAACUCCAUGCUGGCUUUUUUAUGCCUUUGGGCAAGAAGUGGGUAUCCUACCAUAAAGUCCCUUUUCAUUCAGACGCCGACAGAUAGUACGGGUUGACACUGUUGUACCCUCGAACUGCAGGACAGCUUGAACUUGUCUGGAUGUUAUUCGAGGUUCUUUAUCCACCAUCCGCACAAUCUUUCGUUGAAAUCUCUCGUCAAUUUUUCUUUUCCAUCCACAUCUAGGGAGGUUAGCCACAGUGCCGUGGGCUUUUUACUUAUUGAUGACACUGCGCACGGUAGACACGGGAGCAUUCAGGUCUUUGGAGAUGGACUUGUAGCCUUGAGAUUGCCCAUGCUUCCUUACAAUUUUGCUUCUGAAGUCCUCAGACAGUUAUUUGGGAUUCUUUCCUUUCUCCAUGCUCAAUGUGGUACACACAAGGACACAGGACCGAGGUCGAGUCAACCUACGUAAAUCCAUUAUAACUGGCUGCAAGUAGGAUUUGGUCAUUGCCACCACCUGUUAUGUGCCACAGGUGCUGUUAAUUACACAAAUUCGAGAAGCAUCACAUUAUUUUUCAAAAGGUGCCAAUACUUUAAUCUGGACCAUAUUUGGAGUUUUGUGUAAAAUGAUAAUGAUUUAAUUUUUUUCCCAUUCUCUUUUUUGUUUUUUCAUUGCAAGCAAAAUAAAUGAAGAUAUUCCUACCAAAGCAUUUGUUAAUUGCAAUCAUUUUCUGGGAGAAAUUGAGAAUUAUCUGACAGAAUUGCAGGGGUGCAAAUACUUUUGGUCCCGCUUUGUCAGUGUUACAUCAGUAAACCAGCAAGCGCUGUUAGCAUCGUAUAAAGUGACAUACCAAGUUGCUCAGUGCAAAAUAACCCCACACCAGAGCGAAGGAAAUAAUACUGCCUGCAGCAAAAAUAAAAACUGUCCCUCUGUCCAUGGACACAGUUGUUUUUGUUCUUUCAAUUUUUGUUUCUUCUGUCAAAGUGUUUGGUAUAUUGUCCUCAUGAGUUAAUGUUGCUAAUCAGUUUCAAUGUAUUAUUUACUGAUUUUAUUAAAUUUGUUUUUUUAAUGUCAAAUGGUCCAAAAUGCACCUUGAGUGUAUUUUUACAGUUUGGGUAUGACUUUAUUUUUUAUUUCCGGCGAAUUGAUGCACUCUUAAGUCUUUUCAUUUCCAAACAAAACAACGUUAAUAAAGUUUAACUUUAUUGUAAGUUGAUUUAUAUUGCUUUUUUUUUUCUUUAAAAU